UUGACAGCAGUUUUGUCCAGUAGCAGCAAGGCGUGGGAGGGAGUUCCUGUCUUGGUAUGUCUGUGUGCAAGAUUGACAGAAGACGCACUCAGACGCGAUCGGCGCUCUCCCUCCCUGCUGCCUGUGGACGGCGAGUCACCGUUGGACUCCUGUGAUGAAUCAUUAACUGCAGAGGAAAGGAAAACAGCCUCAGUAACACAGCUGAAGGAAACCAUGGGGGCGGCGGGAUAUGGAUACUACCGCGCCACUAUUUUCAUGGCCAUGUUCGUGGGCUACACCUUGUACUACUUCAACCGGAAGACGUUCUCCUUCGUGAUGCCUUCCGUCAUGGAGGAGAUCGAGCUGGACAAAGACGACCUGGGAUUGAUCACCAGCAGCCAGUCGGCGGCGUACGCGAUCAGCAAGUUCAUCAGCGGCGUGCUCUCGGACCAGAUCAGCGCCCGCUGGCUCUUCUCCAUCGGCCUGUUCGCGGUGGGCGCCAUCAACGUGGUCUUCUCCUGGUCGUCCAGCGUGGCCGUCUUCGCGGGGCUGUGGUUCCUGAACGGGCUGGGCCAGGGCCUGGGCUGGCCGCCCUGUGGCAAAGUGCUGCGCAAGUGGUUCGAGCCGUCUCAGUUCGGGACCUGGUGGGCGGUGCUCUCCUGCAGCAUGAACCUGGCGGGGGGGCUGGGCCCGCUCAUCGCAACGGUGAUGGCGCUCAGCUACAGCUGGCGGACCACCCUGUCCCUGUCGGGCCUGACCUGCGUGGUCACGGCCUUCUUCUGCCUGCUGCUCAUCAAGAACGAGCCCUCUGACGUCGGGCUUCCCAACGUCGAGCCCGGUGCCAAGAAGGGUAAAGGAGGCUCCUCCUCCAGCGAGGAAAGCACCCUGAAGGAGUUCCUCCUGUCUCCCUAUCUGUGGGUGCUGUCUUUUGGGUACCUGGUGGUGUUUGGGGUGAAGACGGCCUGCACUGACUGGGGACAACUCUUCCUGAUCCAGGAGAAGGCUCAGUCCACCCUCAUGGGCAGCUCCUACAUGAGUGCUCUGGAGGUGGGGGGGCUAGUGGGCAGCAUCGCCGCGGGAUACCUGUCGGACAGGGCAGUCGCCCGGCAAGGCCUGCGUAGCCAUGGCAACCCUCGCCAUGGCCUCCUGCUCUCCAUGAUGGCUGGGAUGACCAUGUCCAUGUAUCUCUUCCGGGUCACUGUCACUCCAGAGAGCUCCAAGGACUCUGCUCUCUGGACGCUGGUCCUUCAACCUUUCUCUCUCCUCACCGGAUUGUCGGAACAAGAGAUCUGGAUUCUCGCUCUGGGUGCGAUGUUCGGCUUUUCCUCCUAUGGACCAAUCGCUUUGUUCGGGGUGAUAGCCAAUGAGAGCGCUCCGUCGAAUUUCUGCGGGACGUCACAUGCUAUCGUGGCUCUGAUGGCCAACAUCGGUGGUUUCCUCGCCGGCCUUCCCUUCAGCUCCAUUGCCAAGCACUACAGCUGGGACACGGCCUUCUGGGUAGCAGAGGUCACCUGCGGCCUCACCACCCUGGGCUUCUUCCUGCUGCGUAACAUGCGCACCAAGAUGGGCCGCCUGCCGAAGAAGACAGAGUAAAGACAGUGCUGCACGAGCCUCGGGGAGGCCAGCAAGGAUGGACUCACAGGGUCACAGUGUACAUGUCACGCAGGAACACAGCAGGUCUGCCUUUCUCAGUGGAUAGCCUGAUACUCUUGAUAAACGCCAUUCAGGUUCUGGAUAACUCGACGCUGCCUUACAGUGGCACUUCCAUAUCAAUUAGUUUCAUUAGGAUUAUUUAUUGUGACUUAUAAUAAUUACUAUACUAAUAAUGUUAAAAGAUGCGGAGAUCUCAUGUACCCGAGUAACGUAGGUACUGUAGGAAAAUGGUUUUCACAGUGAUGAGCACAUUCAGUGUCACUGUAUACACACACACCUCUUAGGAGGUCUAGAGUAUGUUUUUUUUUUUCCACAUAUUCAGUUAAUGAGUGAUUUAGAGAAUACAGAAAACUGCCAAACGUUUUCUCCCUUGGGGCGAGGGUAAAGAGCUUACCCAGAGCUGUGUGAACGGUGCUGUGAGGCAGUCUUUGGUCUUUUACCCUUUGGGUCUUUUAACUGUCGCUUUUUCAUGCCCGGCCAGGAUUUUACUAACAUUUCUAGCAAAUUGCAAAUUCGGUACUUGUCUUGGCGGCCUUUUUACCAGACAGCAGCAAACGAUUCUGUAUCAAAGAGCGGUACAGUCAAAGACCCUGGUCUUUAGGUGGCAUUAAACAUUUUUGGCUAGUGUCUUUAAACACCAGAUUCCUGUACGUGCCAGAAGUAUCCUGGAAAUCAGACCAAAACUGUCAGAAACACAAAAGAUGAAAACUGUGACACAAAAUAAUCUUCAAACCAUUUUACAGUAAAUAUGUUAAAAAGUACAUUGUACAAUUUUUCAUGAUUUGGUGAACUUCAUUCAACCCUGAGCAGAGCAGCUGAAUUAGUCCUGUAUUUGUAAAGCAACAAAGCGUCAACGCUGAUCAGUCAUAACUGCAAACUCGUAAGAGUUUACUCUUGACAGUGAAAAGCUUUAUUUUUUUAUUCCUCUCAUCAUUAAUCAUGUAACCAUUAGAUCACAGUACAUUUUUCCACUUUUGUUUUUCAGCAGUUUCUAAAUCAAAGCUGCAAAUCUUAACGGCAACAUGACAUAUUUAAAGGACUGAAAGAGUUAUUCAUCAAGCAAAGCUCAGAUUGCUGCUAACGUACCAGAUCAGCCUUUUGUGUCUGCUAAUUAUCUUGCACCUUUGGCACGAAAGCAUUGAUAGAUGAUAGCUGGAAAUUAAGGGGGUUAUGUUAUUCAAAAUAGUGCUUCUAUUCUGAUUAAAGAUUAAUUCAAAACCUGGGUCCAGAUUAAAACCAAACUUUGCCCUCCAGUCAAGCCUAAAUAUCACGCCUUGUACUUAAAGGUGUGUUUCCAUUGGAUGGACUGAAUAAGCUUCUCAAUUUGCAGUUUGCAAAACUGAAUGGAUGGGUUGCAGUUUUUGAUUUAAAUUAAUAAUUCAAAUUAAGGAGUCUGCCUCAAAACAAUUAAACUGGACAGAGCAUCGACUUCUUUAACAAAAACUGGAAUCUCAGACAGGAUAUGAAGCAUUUUGGAUAUUUUUUAUAAUUAAGGGACUUCAACACAAGACUUAUUUCUUGCACUUUCAUCUUCUCUGGUCUGUUAAUGUAAAAUAUGCAUUUUGUCAUAUGAAACAGUUUACUGUGAACCAUGUUUUUGAGGAAGAACCCUUCAUCUGAAGUUGAAGUACAUUAUGUAUGUUUUGCCAGUGCAUUUCGGAUGAUGGUACAAAAAUGAAGUCAAGCAGACACUGGGGAUUUAGAGAACUGACACUAAUAAAGUAUCACAGAGUUAACUGAG